AUCGUCAUCAUUAUAAAUCACUUUUAACUAUGAACCUGGCAAUGCCACCAGCUUUCCCAUCAGUCAAAUCCCGCCACGUGGCGGUUGUAGGAGCCGGAGCAGCGGGCCUCGUGGCGGCGAGGGAGCUCCGCCGAGAGGGCCACUCGGUGGUCGUAUUCGAACGCGGGAACGAAGUCGGAGGAACGUGGGUCUACACUCCUCGGGUGGAACCCGACCCCUUAGGAAUUGACCCCACCCGACCGAUCGUUCACACGAGCCUCUACAGUUCUCUUCGGACUAAUCUUCCGAGGGAGGUUAUGGGGUUUACGGACUUUCCAUUCAUAACACUAGCCGGGGAGAAUAGGGAUCCUAGGAGGUUCCCGGGUCACAGGGAAGUGUUGAUGUAUUUGAAGGAUUUCGCGAGAGAGUUUGAGGUUAAGGAAAUGGUGAGAUUCGAGACCGAAGUGGUUAAAGUCUGGAUUUUGGAGAAUGGGAAAUGGAAAGUAAGGUCCAAAAAGACAAUUUUUUUUAAUAAUGAAAACAACGAUCAUUAUAACGCUGAUAUUGAUAAUAUUAAUAAAAGUGAAGUUGAAUUGGAUGAUGAGAUUUACGAUGCUGUCGUUGUUUGUAAUGGACAUCACACUGAGCCUCGUAUUGCCGAAAUUCCAGGCAUCAAUUUAUGGCCAGGAAAGCAAAUGCAUAGCCACAAUUAUCGCGUUCCUGAGUCCUUUACGGAUCAAGUUGUAAUUCUAAUAGGGAGUUCUUCUAGCGCAGUUGACAUUUGUAGGGACGUAGCUGGAGUUGCCAAAGAAGUGCAUGUUGCAUCUAGAUCGGUUGCACAUGAAACGUAUACAAAGCAGCCUGGAUAUGAUAAUUUGUGGAUUCACUCCAUGAUAGAUGCUGCCCAUGAAGAUGGCACUGUGGUUUUUCAAAAUGGGAAAGUGGUGCUUGCUGAUGUCAUUAUGCACUGCACUGGGUACCAGUAUCACUUCCCUUUCCUUGACACUAAUGGCAUUGUGACUGUGGAUGAUAAUCGUCUUGGGCCACUGUAUAAGCACGUGUUUCCCCCAGCCUUGGCUCCAUGGCUUUCAUUCAUCGGGAUACCAUGGAAGAUUGCUCCAUUCCCCUUGUUUGAGUUUCAAAGCAAAUGGAUUGCUGGUGUUUUGUCUGGCCGGAUUACACUUCCAUCACAGAAGGAGAUGAUGGAAGAUAUUAAGGCUUUUUACUCAACACUUGAAGCUUCAGGCGUACCAAAGCGGUACACUCAUCAAAUGGGUGAAUCUCAGUUUGAGUAUAAUAAUUGGCUUGCUGCACAAUGUGGAUGCCUAGGCAUUGAAAAAUGGAGAAAGCAAAUGUACCUUGCAGCUUCUGCGAAUAAGCAUCUUAGACCAGACACGUACCGUGAUGAAUGGGAAGAUCAUGACCUGGUUUUGGAAGCCCAUGAGGACUUCGUUAAGUACACCUCAAAAUCAGACAGUUAAUGAUUAAAAUGUUAAAACAAAUCCCUUAGCAAAGGCAAAGGACGUCCUCCCUUGCAGAAUGACAGAAUCUUUACUGCCAUUUACAGUGUUGUAUAUAUAAAUCCUCUUCAAUUCAAUUCAGACCACUGAUCUAACGUGUGGCUGCAAUGAAAUAAAAGAAGAGUGAAUUGUAGUUGUUUAUUGUACUGCCCCCAGUCCUAUAUAAUCUCAGUAUCACUCUGUAAGCUUGUACCCA